GGUCGCCAAACGCGACCCCCGCUCCCCAGGGUUCAGUCGGUUCCAAUCCGACAACAAAGCUGCUGUUUUUUUUUUUUUGCUGCAAUUCGUCAAUUUGCAUUAUAAUUUGUUCUUUGCUCUUCCAAUUACACAAAUUGCUGCUCCAAACCCAGUAGUUGCGCCGUGAGUGCGGCUUCAGCCGCCGGGCCUUGACGCCAUGGCAGACGCGUCAUCAACCAAACAAACCAUCGUGCAGACACUCAACGAUGCCCAACGCCGUGCCGUGAGCUCCGGAGCAACCACAGUUGCAAUUCUUGCGGGCCCGGGGAGCGGGAAGACGCAUACCUUGGCCUCCCGAGUCGUCUGGCAGGUUGAUGUAGUUGGUUAUCGACCUCAGGAUGUUGUGGUGGCUACCUUCACCGUAAAGGCGGCACGCGAGAUGGGGGAGCGCAUCUGUAAGGUCUUGGGCCCGGAAAGGGGACGGAAGGUUGUGCUCGGGACCUUCCACAGCAUAUCGAGGCGCUACCUCGCGGCGUACGGCAAGAAGAUCGGCCUGGACCAGAAGUUUGGCAUUGCAGACGAUUCCGAUUCGCGAGCAAUCAUCACCCGUAUCUGCAAAAGACACCAGCUUGGUAUUGACCCCGCCAUGGCCAGAGGAUGGAUCAGCAAGAAAAAGAGCAGGGCAAACGAUCGUGUGGUGUCGUCGCAGCAAGAGAAAGCAGCCAAGUCCGGAAAGCAACAGCCGAUUCAUUCACGAGAGCUGGCAACUUGCUAUGAAGAGUACCAAGCACAGCUUACACGAUCGAACUUGCUGGACUACGAUGAUCUGCUAGUCAAGGGUGUCGAGCUUUUACGCGCGGCACCAGAGUGUGUUUCAAACGUGCAGGCUGUCUUGAUUGACGAAUAUCAAGACACGAACGGAGUCCAAUAUGACUUGAUGAAGCUGCUAGCACAGCGUCAUGGCCGUAUCACUGUUGUCGGAGACCCAGAUCAAAGUAUCUAUGGGUGGCGCUCGGCCGACACUAGAAAUCUUAGCCGUAUGUUUACCGACUUUCCAACGACAGAUAAGGUCGCACUGGAGGAGAAUUACAGAUCUUCAGAAAGCAUUCUCGCAACUUCUCUCAAGAUCAUUCAACAAGAAGAGAAGCGGUUCGACAAGGUACUAAAAGCUGUGCACACACGAGGAACCAAACCGGUCCUGCGGAAGCUGAGAAAUUCGGCACAGGAGGCCGAAUGGAUCGUCGCUGAGCUUCGCAGGACCAUCCUUCUCUCUGGAGACAUGAUGAAUCACGAUGACGUUGCUAUACUUCUCCGAUCAGCAGCACUCUCUAGGCACAUCGAGAGCGCUUUGGGCAAGGCGGGGAUUCCUUACCGAAUGGUUGGCGGUUUCAAAUUUUACGAACGCGCAGAAAUCAAACUGAUCCUCGAUUACUUGCGUGUUGUCUAUCAACCGGACAACAAUGAUGCGCUGGCCAGAAUCAUCAAUGUUCCGAAACGAGGAGCCGGCGAUGCAACUAUCAAAGCCCUUCUCGAGGAAGCCGAGAAGUCUCAACAGAGUCUGUGGUCUCUGCUUCGAAAGCAUUGUACUGGAGGCAAGCAAGCCAAGACAACACUCAGGAAGCAAGUAGAGCAAAAGAUCUCGGGCGGUCUCAUCAGACUGAUACUGGAUAUCCGCAAGAAGAUGGACGAAUCCACAGCUGAGAAUCCAUAUAGUAUGCUUGAUGUCAUCAGUCAAGUGCUCUCCCGGCUAGAUUUUGAGCAGCAUUUAAAAGACACAUACAACGACGAGUGGGAAGGGAGGUGGGCGAACGUACAGGAGUUCAUCAAUCUGGCUACCGACUUUAUGACGGGAAACGAAGUCGAAGAGGAGCUUCCCGAGAUUGAUGGACUGCAGCAGACACCCGAGCGCGACACCCUGGCCAGAUUCCUCGCCAACGUAUCACUUGCGACAGAUGUGCAAAACAAUGACCCCGGCCAAAACCGGCCGAUGGUUACGGUAUCGACGAUCCAUGCUGCCAAAGGUCUCGAGUGGCCUGUUGUGUUCAUACCAGCGGCAUACAAUGGUAGCAUACCGCAUAUAAGAUCCGAGGAUGGUGACGAGGAACGCCGGCUGUUAUACGUGGCGAUGACACGGGCAAAAGCGCUUCUGUACCUGAGCUAUCCGGUUGUCGGAGGCUAUGGUAACGGUGAGAAGGUCACUCUAUCCUCUUUCCUCUCUGGUGUGGAAGGGCAUUUUGCAGUACAAGGGCCAACUUUCAACUCUGCCGUCCUGGAGGAGCUGGCUCGCAUUCUACGAAGGAAAGCGCCAUCGCAAAAGGACGUGUUUGGCCGGUUGAAGCCAUUCGAAGUGUCCAUGGAGGACGAUAUUUUCCCAAGCGAUCCUGAGCAGGAUUUGGGUAGGUCUGGGAAUAAGACGGGUCUUGGCCGGUCAAGUUCAGGAUCGGGAUUAUCACAAGGACAGCCCCCGACAAAAAGGCAAAGAAUGCAUUCCACGAGCGGAGGGCUGGAGCAACAAGACCAGACAUGGCAUCAAGAAUAUUCGACAACAAUGCAACAGGCAUCCGGGUUCACAGUGUCAUCGCUUCCUGGGUUUGUCACUGCUGGGGCGCAUCACUCUGCAUUCCCCGUCCCUGAUCCACCGUAUAGCAGAGACUCAAAAACAGGGCAGCCAAACCGCGGCACUGGCCAGAGGAGUCUGCUUGGUUUUGUGACCAAUUCCGGGCAACCAAGAACGGGAACAGGAUCACAGAAGCAGAUAUUACAAGCGCCUCAAAACCGUGGUGGUACUCACCAUCCAAGACCUCCACAAUCAGGACGUCAGCAGGGUUGGGGCAACGACCAGAUGGUAGGCAGACCGGCGAUAGCGCCAGAAUUGGCAAACCAUCGUCUGGGGGGCACACGUUCAACAACAUUGCCCCGCCCGGGACCUCCAGCGAAGCGGGAACAUGGAGCCAUUUCGACUAGAAAUCAAUAUGCACACCUUUCCAGCUCUCCAACAAAGGCCCAGCCACAAGAGGAAACCAAUGACCCCACAUCAUCGCCUCCUGCACCGACGCGACCAGUUUCCACCUUUCACAACACGACGUGUACUAUGCCACAAGGCCAAGGAGGCUUUAAGAGGCCCGCUGCGUUGACCAGAGAGGGUAUAGCUCCCAUGGAUAGAUUACGGAAGCCAUUUAAGCCGCUUACUAUCAAUCGUUCAAUGGGAGGCUAGGCUCCACCCCAGCCAAUAAUGUACAAUAAUUGCUUUGUACAAUACACCCUACAGAGCUUGUUUUUUGAAGUCACGACAACUGCCCUCAAGAUACAUUGUAGCUGCGUUGGUACUUGCCGCGGUAAUAUUAAUUUCCCCGGCUGGAUUAUGCGCCCCUGCAUAUUGAAAUGCUCUGUGGUUAUCUCUGAACGGGAUCCAAUUAGAACUUUAGUAAAUCGGUUUUCUUAGCACUGAGAUAAGCUUGGUAAAUCACCCUGCUUUCGGAUAUACACCGACUGACACUCCCCGCAAGACAAGAUUGAUCACGCAUAGUUGCUCUAAAUCCAAGGCAGUAUGUCGUGGUCAUUCAGAGUGGUAUCAAGGCCCGCCAGGCCCACCAAGUCGCAUGCCGUCGCUUAGGAACAUUAUCUGCGAGGUACAGCGGCAUCCACAAUCUGACUACGGGGUGCUACCUAGUAUCUACUGUACUCGCAGUAUGUGUGAGCCACACAAGUCUGGUGAUAAAUAAUCAUGUUGCAUUCUGGAUUGAGAGGCGACAGGGUCAACCACAUACCGUCCGUACCUUGAUAUCUUGAGCACAUGCCUUAUCUUAAUGCCUCAAAUUCUACAUACUAUGUAUUCCCAAAGGAUUCGACUUAAUUAGCUG